AUAGCUCCAUUUUCGACUUUUCAACACCGUUUCUCCUCCCUUUCGCUCGCUCGCUCUCUCUCUCUCUCGCUCGCCUGUGAAGACUUCUGAAUACUCCGGCUACCUCUGUUCACCGUCAGGAUCUUUGACUUCUCGUAAAAACUCUAAAACCCUGAGAUCAACGAUGGGCCAUUGCUGUAGCAAGAAUGUCUCCGUCGUCAACACCGACGUUACCACCAGCGCCCGCGAUCGUUCUGCCGGGACUCGAGAGAGCUUGCCAUCACCAUCCGGAAACUCCGAAUCCGGGGAUGCUCGCUCCGGGAAGCCGACGCCGGCGCACUCCUUCUCUGCCAGUCCCUUCCAGAGUCCUCUCCCAGCGGGAGUGGCCCCAUCCCCUGCGAGAACGCCGGGAAGAAAGUUCAGAUGGCCUCUCCCCCCUCCUUCGCCGGCUAAGCCGAUCAUGGCGGCGAUUCUGAGGCGGCGAGGCCCGUCGAAGCCUGUGGACGGUCCCACGCCAAUACCGGAGGAAGGGGGAGAUGGGGAAAGAGAGAGAAGGCUCGAUAAGAGCUUCGGGUACGCGAAGAACUUUGGGGCGAAGUACGAACUGGGUAAGGAGGUGGGGCGAGGGCAUUUUGGACAUACUUGUUGGGCAAAAGGAAAGAAAGGAGAGCUUAAAGGACAGGCUGUUGCUGUGAAAAUCGUAUCUAAAGCUAAGAUGACGACGGCAAUAGCAAUUGAAGAUGUUCGCAGGGAGGUGAAAAUUUUAAAAGCAUUAUCUGGGCAUAACAAUCUGGUCAAAUUUCAUGAUGCCUUCGAGGACACAAACAACGUCUACGUGGUUAUGGAAUUGUGCCAGGGUGGAGAACUACUGGACAGAAUUCUGUCAAGAGGUGGAAGAUACACGGAGGAAGAUGCUAAAAAAAUUAUCGUGCAAAUCUUGAAUGUGAUGGCCUUUUGUCAUCUGCAAGGUGUUGUGCAUCGUGAUCUAAAGCCAGAGAAUUUUCUUUUCGUCACCAGAGAUGAGGAUUCUCCAAUGAAGGUUAUUGAUUUUGGUCUAUCUGAUUUUAUUAGGCCAGAUCAACGUCUCAAUGACAUUGUUGGCAGUGCAUACUAUGUUGCACCUGAAGUGCUUCAUAGAUCAUACAAUGUUGAAGCAGAUUUAUGGAGUAUUGGCGUCAUAACGUAUAUAUUGUUAUGUGGAAGCAGACCUUUCUGGGCACGAACUGAAUCUGGAAUCUUUCGUUCUGUCCUAAGGGCUGAUCCUAACUUUGAUGAUUCACCUUGGCCUGCGGUUUCGCCAGAAGCUAAAGAUUUUGUUAAGAGGCUUCUGAACAAGGACCAUAGGAAAAGAAUGACUGCUGCUCAAGCUCUAACUCAUCCAUGGCUACGUGAUGAAAACAGAGCGGUGCCUCUUGAUAUUUUAAUCUACAAGUUAGUUAAGUCAUAUGUUCGUGCUACACCUUUCAGACGCGCAGCAUUAAAGGCUCUCUCAAAAGCUAUAAGAGAAGAUGAGCUCGUGUACCUUAAAGCUCAGUUCAAGCUUUUGGAACCAAGAAAUGGAUGCGUCUCUAUCAGUAAUUUUAGAGCGGCUCUCACGAGAAAUUCCACCGAUGCCAUGAGGGAGUCUAGGGUUCCGGAGAUCUUAAAUGUGAUGGAACCGCUCUCUUAUAAACAAAUGGACUUUGAAGAGUUUUGUGCCGCUGCAAUCAAUCCGUAUCAGCUUGAGGCUCUUGAAGGAUGGGAGGAUAUUGCAAAUACAGCUUUUGAAUACUUUGAACAGGAAGGAAAUCGGGUGAUUUCAGUUGAGGAACUGGCACGGGAACUGAAUUUGGGUUCCCAAGCAUUAUCUUUACUCAAGGAUUGGAUCAGAAACUCCGAUGGAAAACUCAGCUUCCUUGGAUACACCAAAUUUUUACACGGUGUGACAUUGCGCAACACAAGACACUGAUAGCAUAUACAAAGAAUUUUGAGCAGAAACUGUGCCCCCCCCCCCCCCCCCCCCCCCCCCCCCAGUUGGCGAAAAAUAUUGUAAAGAUGAAUAUCUUGGAAGGGGGGUUGAAAUUGAGUGAUACUUUGAGUAAAAAAUGUCUGUCUUUCAGCAAGGCCAAGAUGGUUGGUUGUAUACCUUUUGUAAACAUAUUGUGCAAACAGUAUCUACUAUUGAGAUUCUUGAGGCGAUAAAGAUUGAGAUA